UACAAUACACUGACCAUUUUUGGCCCAGCCCGGGCGCACUCCAUUCGUCGGAACACCACCAGCGGCGACGUUCCCAGUACCCAAGGGUUAAAUUUCACGAUCGACGGUCAGGCAGACUACUUCGCCGGCACAAAUAGUUACUGGAUUGGUUACCUGACCAACAACUCUGAUGUUGACCUCGCGCUCGACCACCUGCAUGAGUCCGGACUCCGCAUCCUUCGCAUCUGGGGCUUCAGUGAUGUGAACAGCAAGCCUACCGACGGAAAAGUGUACUUCCAACUCCUGCAGAAUGGAAAUGCGACCAUUAACACUGGCUCUGAUGGUCUCCAACGUCUCGAUUAUGUUGUAUUUGCCGCUGAGAGGCGGGGUAUUAAAUUGAUUAUCAACUUUGUCAAUAACUGGUCCGACUAUGGGGGUAUCGACGCAUAUACCACCGCGUUUGGAGGCACUAGUACUAGCUGGUACACUAGUCCUACAAUUCAGGAUGUCUACCGCAAAUAUAUCAAGGCCAUUGUUUCAAGAUAUAGUCAGUCGUCCGCGAUAUUUGCGUGGGAAUUGGCCAAUGAACCUCGAUGCAGUGGCUGCAACACAUCCGUCAUCUAUAACUGGGCUGCAUCUACUAGUGCUUAUAUCAAGUCCCUCGAUUCUAAGCACAUGAUAGCUAUUGGAGAUGAGGGAUUUGGCUUGGAUGUUGGCUCAGACGGGAGCUAUCCGUUCACAUACGCUGAGGGCCUCGACUUUGCAAAGAACCUGGCAAUCGACACAAUUGAUUUCGGAACUUUCCAUCUCUACCCUUCCACUUGGGGUGUUGCUAACUCUUUCGGCAAUGGCUGGAUUACGGCUCAUGCCAAAGCCUGUGCAGCAGCGCAGAAGCCCUGUCUCAUGGAGGAGUACGGGGUCAAAACCGACAAAUGCACCACAGAAGGCCAGUGGCAGCAAACAGUCCUUGGCACUAAGGGAAUUGGCGCAGACCUUUUUUGGCAAUAUGGAGAUAAGCUCAGCACCGGGAAUACCCCGGAUGAUGAUUAUACGAUUUACCGCGGCACGGAUGAUUACAAGUGUCUAGUUACCGAUCAUGUCGCUAAUAGAUAG